CGUUACUUCCUCAGUUUAUCUCUUAUUCAGUAAAUUAAAUAAUUAUCGUCUAAAUACGACUGUCAGUGGAAGACAAUAGGGAGUUGACGUUUAUUCAGAGGGGAAAUAUUCUGAGAGAAUUGUUAUGCUGACACAGGAAAAAGACGGGGUGAAGGGGUUUUUGCCCGGGAGUUGGUGGGUCUUUGUCGCCACCGGCCUCUGGAGACCUCGCAGCUGGAAAUCACCCUUUCUGGUGUAUCUUUACCAGGGGUUUUCCAUAUUUACCAUCUUUCUGGUGUAUACAUUCACUACAACCUCGAUUCUAGGAAUCAUAGCGAACCAUGGAGGCAUCGCUGCUGUGAUGAGCGAUUUUUUACUGCUCUCCUUCAUUGCGUGUUGUGGCAAAUCUAUUAACAUGAUUGUCUGCCGAGAUACAAUUAUUGAUGUCAUUGAUACCCUGCAGAGGGAUCCGUGUAUGCCGAGGGAUGCAGUGGAGGAGGAUAUACAGUUCAAGAGGGAACAUUUUGUUUGGAUCAAUACCCUCAUCUACGGAAUUUUGACAGAAGUAACCGCAAUGAUGGUGAGUGUGGGCUCAUUGUUACAACAUCCAGAGGAGGGUGAACUCCCCUUCAACACUUGGCUGCCUUAUUACCACGACUCGGGCUUCGGUUAUCGGUUCGCUUAUGGCCAGCAGAUAAUCAGCAUAUGGUUUUCGGCUUCGAUGGCUGUCGCUUAUGAUACCGCUGUACCCGGGAUGAUGAUGGAGAUCUGCGCCAAGUUAGACGUUCUUAAAUAUCGCUUAGUGAAUUUUCGAACUCUGCUGGAAACAUCCGACACUGUGGGCGCGUACGUUAGCGAAAGGAAAUUAGUAGCUGAAUGUGUAAAAUGCCAUCUCAUAAUUCUCAGACUCGCUGAAACAAUAAACGACGUGUUCAAUGCCGUUGUUUUUUUGCAAUACUCACUCAGUACGCUGUUGAUAUGCGUCAGUAUUUACAAUCUGGCUAAUACGAAUAUAAUGUCAUCAGAGGGAUCUGGUAUUAUACUUUACCUCGGCUGCAUGCUUAUGGAGAUAUUUAUUUUGUGUGCAGCUGGAAAUGAACUGACACUUGUGAGCGAGAGUAUAUCUGAUGCGAUUUAUGAGAUGGACUGGACAGAGUUAAACGGAUCCACUAUCCAAAGCUUGAUAUUGAUAAUGACCCGCACGACUCAUCCCAUUGUCUUCAAGUGCGGCUCCAUCGUGGAUAUGUCACUCGAAUCGUUCAAAAGCCUCGUUAAGUUGUCAUACUCAACGUUCAAUCUACUUCAGCAAACAUCAGCGUGAAUGUGAGGUGAUACGGAUCGUGUUAAUUUGUCUGUUAGCAAAUGUUAGCGAUUUCAAAGAUUAUAGUUAUUGAAUAUC